AUGAUUCUACUUCGGGCUAUUCAUUGUUCGCCGCUGGGCUGGCUCACCAGGCGCCUGUUAUGGUCAACAGCCGUCCAACAUUGGUAUAGACCUACAGCUGCGCAGCUCCUGGAGAACCCGCAGUCCCUGCUUAUGUUUACUGACAAUCAAAUUGGCAUAUGGCGGGCCAUUGAUCCUAAUCAUCUCUGGACGGGUGAGGAAUAUCCGACGAUCCACGAGGCUGAGGCUCAAUCCGGUACUGGACAGUCGUAUCAUUACGCAAGCGAUUGGUCUUCACCUCACCCCAUGGGUUGGUUAUGGGCGAUGAAGGCGUACUCUGGCAAUAUCCCGUCGAACAGGCAAUCUCCAGAUUUUGGCAGAGAAUGGGAGCCCGUUCGCAAGAUAAUUCCGGUAAAAGCGGCCUACAAAAACACCGAUGGCAUGCCCGCCAAGCGACAACUGUUUGAUCUUCGUUUCUCGUCCAGCCGGUGGGAUUCUUCUGAUUAUACGAGCCAGCAAGUCACAAGCCAUCGGGUUUCGCCGGGUUUGGGCUCCAGUGUUGCACGCCCAGGUUUUUGA